AUUUGUUUGGAGUGGUUUGAAGUGUUUGGUAUCAGACAACUUUACAGUAAAUAGCGAAAUUUAAUCUUUUUUUUUGCAAAUACACAACUCGAAAGAUGCUUGCUGCGGUAUUUAUGCGAAGGAUUCUUUUCAAACAGCCUUUAAAAUAUGCGAUCACUGUGAGUUUAUAUAAGAUAGAACGUAUUUUUAAUAUUUCAUGGCUUGUCGACUUAAGAAUUUUUGUUAUGUUCUAGAACGGUUUGAUAGCUGGACGACCUUGUUUUUCAACAACGACAAGUCGAUUGGGUAACUAUUUUUCAAAUGCAUUCUCUCUUUAGAGCUCGUAUAAUCUGUACAGUUCCUUUUGUACAUAAAGUUAAAUUUUUAUAGCACGAAUUUUAAGAUAAGACAGUCCAUCAAUAUUUGACAUAAUUAGCAACUAUUUGAUACAUUUGACGCUUAUAGUAUACCGGAUGUGUUUGAAUGAGCUUGAGCAAAGAACAGAUAGUUUUUUUUAUAUGUUUCUGUGUGUAAACACUACAAACAGAUGGAUUGUCAGGACGGGCAAUCCGUGUAGGUCAUCACAAUCUUGUUCCCUGAUUUUACCCUAGGAACGAGGUCGAAGUCAUCGAUGGAUGAUCAGCUUGAGGGCGAUCCCUCUAUGUGUAUACAUACUCCAUUAGACAAACUGUCAGGAAAAUCGAACAUGAUUUGUUGCCAGAAUCAUUGCUAAGUAUAGAUUGAACUAUCCUGACUAAUUCAUCUAAGUAUUUUGUCUUGCAUUUACACUAAAACAGAUGUUCUGUCAUGUGCCAAUCUAAAUUACAAAGCCCGGCCCCAUGUCCAACUUACCUUCAUAUCUUAGCUGGAACCUUUUCCUGACUUUACAGCUGACUUGAACGUUGAACUAAAACGUGGCCAUCCUGUCAUUUCAAUUCCCUUGCCUACAACCAAUGAAACGUGUGAGUUCACGCUGUACGACGCCCAUUCUGUGAAGAGUUUUAUUGAGAGCAUAAAGGAGGAAGAUGAUGGCAUUAAGGAGGCUCUGAUACAUUCCAUGGACGGCAACCGUGUUGCACAGACGACUAGGCUAAGUGUCUUGCUAACAGAAGGAUUUAAAUUAAAAAUUAAUGAUGAGUUGCAUACUGUACACCCAUCAAGCGAAGGUAUCCAUUAGCAUACAUCAUAUAUAAGCACAUUUAGUGAAAUGCAAAUUAAUUGGGUUAAACUCUGCACCACCUUCCAAAGAAGCUUUGGGAUUGUACAGUGUCAGUGUAUUACUAAACUAAAUUAAGGUUAAUUCAUUUGUAGUAAAUGUAGCAAUACAGGAGAACUCGUUAGAAAAUGUCCGAGACCUUGUUGAAAAGUUGUAUGCUAGUCUUGAUGUUGGAAAUACAAAGGUUUGUUUGCAAAAAAAAAUAGGUUUCCUCCUGUAGUAACACUGGAUCAACAAGGGAUGAUCCUUACUGGACCUCUAGGAAGAACAGUUUAGAACUGAUAGAACUAUCCAAUAAAAUAAAGUUAGUUUAGUUUAGGCUUCCUGCUGUAGUAACACUGGAUCAAUAAGAGAUGAUCCUUACUGAACCUCUAGGGAGAACAGUUUGGAACUGAUAGAGCUAUCCAGUAUAAAUAAAGUUGGUUUAGUUCAGAUUUCCUCCUGUAGUAACACUGGAUCAAUAAGAGAUGAUCCUUACUGAACCUCUAGGAAGAACAGUUUAGAACUGAUAGAGCUAUCCAGUAUAAAUAAAGUUAGUUUAGUUUAGGUUUCCUCCUGCAGUAACACUGGAUCAAUAAGAGAUGAUCCUUACUGAAUCUCUAGGAAGAACAGUUUAGAACUGAUAGAACUAUCCAGUAUAAAUAAAGUUAGUUUAGUUUAGGUUUCCUCCUGUAGUAACACUGGAUCAAUAAGAGAUGAUCAUUACUGAACCUCUAGGAAGAACAGUUUAGAACUGAUAGAGCUAUCCAAAUAUCCAGUAUAAAUAAACUUAGUUUAGUUUAGUUUAUAAAUAGUUUAUAGUUUAGAAUUAAAUUUAGUUUAAAGUGGCCUGACAUGGUAUUUUGUAUUUUCCAAAUACCAGACAGGAACAGAUGAGCAACUUUUAGAAGAAUUAGAAAAAAUCCAUACAGAGCUAGAACCGCUCGAAAUACAAAGACAACAGCUUGAAAAAGGGGCAGAAACACGAAGCAACGUUUUCGUUUGGGGAGGUCUGGCUUUCAUGGCUGUUCAAUUUGGUUUCCUUGCGCGCCUCACUUGGUGGGAAUAUUCCUGGGAUAUCAUGGAACCUGUGACGUAUUUUGUUACAUAUGCUACCAGCAUGGCGUGUUAUGCUUACUUCGUGUUGACCAGACAGGUUAGACCGUUGGUAUAUGAUACAUUUCGAUUCGUUGAACGUUUGCUUCGUGACGACCAUUCGUCUUACAUGCGUAAACGUCUCGCAGCUUGUCAACAAGAUUACUUGUUCCAAGUUGUUGACAAGUCUGUCCUCGAACAAGUUGUUAUUAUCUUGUAACAAGGUUAAGGAGGCCGACAGACUCGCAACAAGUUGUGCCAACAAGUGUGAUAUCGUCUGCACGUAACAAGUUGUUAACAAGUUGAUGACAACAAGCUCGUACUAGCAACUUGUAUUGGUCUUGUUGGAACAACUUGUAGCAAGUCUGCUACCGUCAUCAACCUUGUAACAAGAUGAUAUUAACAACUUGUUCCAGACUGGGGAAAUCCUGGUAUCGGCUUGACCUAGCCAUGGAUCGUACAGUACAAUUUCGUUCAAAGAAGACGAUCAAAACCUCGACCUUAAUUCUUGUUUUCAUUGCAGGAGUACAUGUAUCCAGAAGCACGCAAUCGUCAAUUCUUAAUUUCAUUCCACAAGAAAGCAAAACGCCAUGGUUUUGACAUCGAGAAAUACAACAGCCUCCGUGAAGCGAUCGCUAAAAUCGAAGCUCAAUUAGAAGAACGUCAUCAGCUAAUCAAAUCCUCGGAUGAAUAGGACCGACAUUGUUACAAUUAUAGAACAUUCUUGUUAAUAUAGAACAUUUUGAAAUGACCGACUACUAAAGAAUAUAAUAUGUCGGACUGUCGAGGAUUACAGAAAUGGUGCGUUUCAGAAUCAAUAAGCGUCGUAGGGCAUCAGAUGGUGGUCAACUAGAAAUGUUGACACAGGGUUAGGUUAGGGUUAGAUAAGGCUGAUUUACACUACACCAUUUUUGCCUGAAACUGUCGCAUGCAACCUGCUUACAACUUGAGUUGUACUGUGUAAAUCAAACACACAACUCACCUACGACACUACACAACUUUUGCCUAAAACUGUCGCAUGCAACCUGCUUACAACUUGAGUUGUACUGUGUAAAUCAAGCACACAACUCACCUACGACACUACACAACUUUUGCCUAAAACUGUCGC